GCGAAACUAGGAAGAAACUUGAAGCUGCCAAGGUUUCCCCGUGCCCGUCCCCGCGGCUCCCGUGCCCUUUGGCCCGGGCCGCGCCGAGCCGUCGGGAGCCCUGGCCAUGGGGCUGUGCGGGCGGUCGGCGGUGUGAGCGCGGGCCUCCCGCGGGCCCCCCGGACAGGCCGAGGGCGGGAGGCGGGAGGCGUCGUUGCAGCCGCGGGCCGGGGCGCCCCCGCCGGCCAGGGCUCGGGGCACCAUGAACAUAGACGUGGAGUUCCACAUCCGGCACAACUACCCCUGGAGCAAGUUGCCGGCCAACGUGAGGCAGAGUCUUGGAAAUUCACAGAGGGAAUAUGAAAAGCAGGUUGUCUUGUACAGCAUCCGCAAUCAGUUACGAUACAGAAAUAACUUAGUUAAACAUGUCAAGAAAGAUGAACGCAGAUACUAUGAGGAACUACUAAAGUACAGUCGAGACCAUCUCAUGCUAUACCCUUACCAUUUAUCAGAUAUUAUGGUAAAGGGCCUGAGGAUAACACCAUUUUCAUAUUAUACUGGGAUUAUGGAGGAUAUUAUGAACAGUGAGAAAAGUUAUGAUUCCCUGCCCAAUUUUACUGCUGCCGACUGUCUAAGGCUUCUUGGCAUAGGAAGAAACCAGUACAUCGACCUGAUGAAUCAGUGUAGAUCGUCAAAAAAAUUUUUCAGAAGGAAAACAGCUCGUGAUCUUCUGCCAGUAAAGCCGGUAGAAAUUGCCAUAGAGGCGUGGUGGGUGGUGCAGGCUGGAUAUAUCACAGAAGACGACAUAAAGAUAUGCACUUUGCCUGAGAAAUGCGCUAUUGAUAAGAUCAUCGAUGCAGGCCCUCAGCUCUCUGGAUCACUAGAUUACAAUGUAGUACAUAGUUUAUAUAACAAAGGAUUUAUUUAUCUGGAUGUACCAAUAUCCGAUGACAGUUGUAUAGCAGUUCCUCCUCUUGAAGGUUUUGUAAUGAAUCGAGUGCAAGGUGAUUAUUUUGAAACUCUGCUCUAUAAGAUAUUUGUUUCAAUAGAUGAGCACACUAAUGUUGCAGAGCUUGCAAAUGUCCUUGAGAUAGACUUAUCCCUGGUGAAGAAUGCUGUUUCAAUGUAUUGCCGAUUGGGCUUUGCCCAUAAGAAGGGACAAGUAAUAAAUUUGGAUCAACUUCAUUCAUCGUGGAGAAAUGUUCCAUCUAUAAACAGAUUAAAGAGUACAUUAGAUCCGCAGAGGAUGCUGCUGUCCUGGGACGGUGGGGAAAGCAGGAGUCCUGUACAGGAAGCAUCGUCGGCUACUGACACUGAUACAAACAGUCAGGAGGAUCCAGCUGACACAGCCAGUGUAAGCAGUUUAAGUUUGUCUACAGGAUAUACAAAGCGUAUUGCAUUUCUGUUUGACUCAACUCUCACUGCCUUUUUAAUGAUGGGAAAUCUUUCACCAAACUUGAAAAGCCAUGCAGUCACCAUGUUCGAAGUUGGCAAACUCUCAGAUGAGUCUCUGGACAGCUUUCUUAUAGAACUGGAAAAGGUUCAGAGCACUGGUGAAGGAGAAGCACAGAGAUAUUUUGACCAUGCACUUACUCUGAGAAACACGAUACUAUUUCUUCGUCACAAUAAAGAUCUAGUUGCACAAACCGCACAGCCAGACCAGCCCAAUUACGGUUUUCCUCUGGAUCUCUUACGCUGUGAAAGCCUUCUUGGUUUGGACCCUGCAACUUGCAGCAGAGUUCUAAACAAAAAUUAUUCACUACUUGUUUCCAUGGCUCCUCUCACCAAUGAAAUUCGGCCUAUUAGCAGCUGCACCCCUCAGCAUAUUGGACCAGCUAUCCCGGAAGUCAGUUCUGUCUGGUUUAAACUGUACAUUUACCAUGUCACUGGGCAGGGACCACCAUCUCUUUUGCUGUCCAAAGGUACAAGACUUCGAAAACUGCCAGAUAUUUUCCAGGGUUACGAUCGAUUACUGAUAACAUCUUGGGGGCAUGAUCCUGGGGUAGUCCCUACAUCCAAUGUGCUCACCAUGCUGAAUGAUGCUUUAACACACUCGGCGGUUUUGAUUCAGGGACAUGGCUUCCACGGGACAGGAGAAACUGUCCACAUACCAUUUCCAUUUGAUGAGACAGAACUACAAGGAGGUGAACCUGAUUUGGCUUCUGGCUCAGAUGUAAAUGGAAGUACAGAGUCGUUUGAAAUGGUCAUUGAGGAGGCAACUACAGAUUUAGCAACUAAGCAAAACUCUGUUGCCACAACAGAAGCAGAUUGGGUUCCUCUUGAGCUAUGCUUUGGAAUUCCACUGUUUAGUUCUGAAUUAAACCGGAAAGUUUGUAGAAAAAUUGCUACCCAUGGCCUUUGCAGAAAAGAGAGCCUUCAAAACCUCUUACAUUCCAGUAGAAAACUUUCUCUACGAGUCCUUAACUUUGUUCACUCAUUCCAGGAAGGUGCUUCAACACUGGAUAUUCACACAGAGGCCAGCUUUUCAAGUUUGCUCUCCCAGUCAUCCCAAGCAGAUCUGGGAGUCCCACUGCCCGCAAAGAACUUAAUAUUUAAAGAUGGCAUCUUAUCUGAAUGGAGUGGACGGUCACCUUCCUCACUGCGUAUUGCUAGUCUCCAUUUGCAAUGAUUUGGUUACACCAUUUGUUGCUCACACUUUCUGCCUUUUUCUUUCUUAAGGUUAGCUUUAUAGUGCCAGCCACUAAAGAAGCAUCCUGCCGCUGCCGUGCGAUUCAUGCUUACCUGAUGUUUGAAGUUUGGGGGACACGUUCACGGUUUCUGAAGUUUUCCUCAUCGUUGCACCUCCUAAUGCAACCAAGAGCUUUUUAGCAGCCUGCACUGUAUUUUUUACCUUGAGACAAUCUUUAUUUCUUUUAUAAAACAGGAUAUACUUUAUAGGCUUUAUGAUGACUGUUAUGUUUAUAAGCGGUCUCUACGAAUAUUGCAGUGGUAAUUUUAUAUGUUAGGUUAUCAAACGUAAAUCUUGUUUAGUUUUAUAUUUUGUUACCUACUCUGUAGGGGAUCAUGGGAAGAGGGGAACUCUUCCUCUGCGAAGGCUUCUUGGUACUUAAGUAGCAAAACUAUGAAACAUACACACCCAGGACUGAGAAAUGAUGUGACGGGGCAUUAAGAACUCCUGUGGCUGUCUGUAAAUUAUGUAGAUCAGUUGGACAUUGUUGAAGGUAUGUCAAUCAGCAUAGUUCUGUGUAACUUACCCUUGAUUUAUAAGGUCUUAACUCCGACUCUGACUCUACAUUGACAUCUCAUGAGAAGCUUUGGAAAGCAUUCUAUUUUUAAACAACAUUUAUAUGUGGACUUCUGUUGUCACUCACUUUGGACUUUAUAUUUUCAUAGAGUCUUUCUGGAAAAAUAGAAUUUAUUUUCCGUUCUUGUAGCUGUGGCUGCUGCACAUUUUCACUGUGACUUAUUUUUUGUUUGUAAUUUUACCAAUUAAUUGUUAUGAAAUUGAAUUUGAUGUUCUCAAACCAAGGGUUAUGAUUUUAGGUUAGAAUUAUAUAAGAGAAGCAUUAAAGCUAUGUCUUCUGAUCAAAAUACUUUAGUGAAAAGCCUACUUUGAAGACAUAAUUAGGUAGUUUGGAUCUUAAAUUUAUGUGAAUAGUUCGGGGAGGAAAUGAUAAAGGAAAAUUGAGUAUUUCAAAAUGUUUCUUAAGUCAUUGAUUCUUUUAGUGUCUCAAAUAUUAGAAUAAUUGGAAUCACUUUUUAGAUUUUUCAGGUUACCUUGGGAAGUUUGUGCAGUGUUAUAGUUUAGUUUAGCUCUUCUCCUAGGAUAACGGUUUGCUAGUUUAAAACUGUAACCAAAUGAACUGAUCAAAGAACAUAUAUCUAAAACACUUAAGGCAUUAGAAAAUUUGGGAAUGCUAAACCCUAAACUUUCUUGCUGAUAAUUUUUGUUAUUUGUAGAACUGAUAUUUGUGGAUUUUAACAUACUUCUGGAAAUAUAUGCCUUUUUAAAACUGUUAACAUAACCAUGCAUUCAACCCCAUGGCCUACCCACAGAAUUGAAUCUUUUGGAGCAGGUUACCUGUGGCAAGUCAGUGCCGUGUUUAGGUAAAUGCAGUUAACUUUUAGUUUUCUACUUUCUCUCUUAUAUGAGGUAGAAAUCAGUGUAUCUUAUAAAUGUUUGUCUAUAAAAGGAAAAAUACAUACUAUUAAAAUAAUUUCUUAUGACUGUGAAUCACUCAUUCCCCCCAAUAAUUGAUAUUGGACAUUCCUAGUGCUAUUAGGUAUGUAUGUAACUUACAGUUUUUCAACCAAAAGUUGAAAAUAUUUCAUUUGAUCAGGGCUCUCUAAUCUCAUUUGCUUUGUUUGAAUUAACUGUAGUUAUUUUAUUUAUUCCUGUAUUAUCAGUCUAAGUCUAUUGUAGUGACAUGUACACUAAUAAAGAAUCAGAUAUUUGUACUUGUUGGCAGUGAACCCAGUUGUUGGUGAAUUUAAAACUUAAAAUGUGGAAGCGAUUUGCUGCUGCAUUUCCUUUGAGAAAUAAUGGAAGAAGAAAUAGAACCUAAUCAUGAUCAUGAAUUUUAGGGGAAGUACUGAAAAAGCAUGUGGCGCGCUCUGGUUUCUCCUGUAAAUAAGGAAAGAUUCUGGUUCCCAGCUGAAGACCUCAUUUUUAAGGAGGGCAGUCUGCUUUUUUAUUUUUAUUUUAUUUUAUUUUUUCGUUAAUCCUCACCCAAUGAUAUUUUUUCCAUUGAUUUUUAGAGAGAGUGGAAGGGCAUGAGGGAAGGAGAGAGAGAGAAACAUCUAUGUAAGACAGACACAUCUAUAGGUUGCCUUCCGCACGCAUCCUGGCCAGGGCUAGGGAUUGAACCUGCAAUCCAGGUAUGUGCCCUUGACUUCGAAUCGAACCAGCGACCCUUUGGUGCACAGCCUGGUUAGAACUGUUAGCAAAAUGUGCAGGCUGCUUUGUGCUUUGCUUUAUGAAUUUGGCUUUGUCUCAUUUAUAUUUUAACUCAUGUAAAGAUGCAUCUCUUAAAUCUUAUAAGUAUUGAUCCAUUUCAACAAAAAGGUAAAUGUAAAAUACAGACUUUAUUAUUUGCCAAAGAUGAUUUGUGAAAUAAUUUUUUUGCAGAUGUUUAAAGUAAUUUCAUUGGCUUUUGCUACCUCCCAUUUCUUCCCGCCUGUAAUGUAGCUUAAACCAUGGCAAACAUUCCUUGGAAACUAAGAGAAAAAAGGUAUCAGGAAGGACAUGGAAUUUUCUGUGACACAAUUUCACCUCUCAAGUGGGUCUAAAGAGCCGAAACUUUGUUAUUAAAAAAAGAUGAUCAUCUGAUUUCCUCCCUUUUAAGUAUGUAAUCAGAUGAUUUUGUGGGUUUUUAAAUAUUGGUUUCUUUUAUUUGAUGUAUUUAGUUUUCUGUUAUCUUUCUCUUUUAUGUUCAGUGUUUCAAAUACAGUUUGUAUUUAAAGAUUUUUAAAGUACCAAAAUUGUAACUAAGUACAGUGGAUUGUUUUCUGGUAUGAUAUUAAAUAUGAAAUGUAUAAAGUGUUGUCAAUUUGAUUAUUGACACAUAUACUAUGUUUACAAAUAAACUGGUGGUGAUCAAUUA